AUGAGAGAGCUUUCGGUAGAUGAGCUGAAAGAAAUCUUGUACGAUGUUCGAACGGUAGGUACUCGGCCUCAUGGCUCAGGACCCGGUGGAGAAAAAACAAUCUAUUUCGAUCUCUCCAAUGACGCAGAGAACAACUAUACAUACAAGCGCCUAACAAAAUUGGUCCGCCAUGUCCAAUUCGAGAGCAUCCUCCAUCACGUCGACCUACCGUGCCUGACCGUUAGUGGUGGAGAGAACCUCCUGGAAGAUCCCCAGAGUGACCAAGAGGAUUCGCGGCGCACGUCCUCUCUGCCUGGAAGGGUUGACUUUGUAAAAGUCUUCCAAUGGUUGCGGAGCAAAGGGGUCAGCGAAAUCAUUGAUGUCAGUGUAGUUGAUGACUGCAAUACUCCCCAUUGUGAAGAAGCCAUUGAGAUGGCUCUCCAGGGCUUUGGAGUUGAAAUUCUUAAUUGGAACCGAUUCGAUAUGCCGAGCGAUGCCAUCUUCAACGCCGCACCGGGCGUACGUGAGCUGUAUCUCUACUCCAGCAGUAACAACGAAGUUUUGCGUGGUUGGUCAGCCCCUGGCGGCCUCGAAAGGCUAGAAAAGGGAGUUAUCUCAGAAGAAAGAAUCACCCUGUAUCUAAAUCAGUUCAAGCAGAGGUUACGUAAAAUCCGGCCGGAAAUCGAGGUUGUGGAAGAGAGAAUGAUGAACCGCAUCUCGCCGCAGAUCCACUUCCACAGUCAGGCGACAGCCAUCAGCAGCAAGCAUCCCUGGCUGGAUACGAUGGACCAGUUUGCGCUGAUCGUCAAGAACUACCACCGGCACCUGGAGAAGUAUGCACCCACUGUGAAGGUGGCUAUUAUUGAUGACGGAAUCGACCCUCUCCAAGCAAAUCUGCAGGAGAACAUCGAUGGUGGAACUUCCUUUCAUCACCGGCCCGGUCGUCCCGAUCGCCCCAUUGACUACUGGUCUGCACCUGGUGGUCAUGGCACGGAAAUGGCCAAGUUGAUUUGUCGUAUCUGUCCCAAGGCGCGCUUAUACAUUAUUCGCCUCGGCGAGGGACAUGGGGAAAAAGGAGUGCGACAGAUUAAACCAGAAACAGCAAUCAAGGCGAUCAAACGGGCUACUAAUGCUGGUGUGCAUAUCAUCUCUAUGAGCUGGAGCAUAAAUCAGAGCAAGAUGCCCGGGGACCUGUACAACGAUUUCCAGAAAAGUAUCCGCGCCGCAUACGAUAAUGGAAUCACCAUGUUCUGCGCUGCAAGCGACUAUGGAAACACUAGCGUUUCGCUGGAUAACAAUGAUCUCCCUGCUGCAUUCAGCGAUCCACUCAAGAUUGGUGCAGCCACCAUCGAUGGUGGGAAAUGGUCCCGGACUGGUGCACAGAAACUGGACUUCUAUCUUCCAGGAGAAAACCUACCGUUAAGGGAUCAGAUGCACUCUCCUCAGUUUCCACCACAGUCACUGUCCGGUAGCUCAUUAGCGACAGCUGUUGCAGCUGGACUGGCCGCAUUACUGCAAUACUGUAUGGGAACAGCAGCGAGACAGCCCGAGAACAAACCGGUAUUCCGGACAGAUGAUAUGCAACAUGCCUUCAAAGGGUUGAGUAAGAAGGAUCCUGAGAUUCCCGAAGUCCACAAAUAUUUUGGCGACACGCAAUCACUCGACACACUUAAUAAAGUUGAGGACCGGUAUGCUUGGAUUGCAGCUGAUCUCCGGAGAAGUCAUCGAUAA